GUGGCGGCCAUCUUGGCGGUGGAGCGAUGAGCGGGUCGAAUCCGAAGGCUGCGACCGCGGCGCCGGCGGCCGGGCCCGGCGGGCUGGUGCCGGGCAAGGAGGAGAAGAAGAAGGCGGGCGGCGGCGUCCUGAACCGGCUCAAGGCGCGGCGGCAGGCGCCCCCACACACGGCCGACGAUGGCACCGGGGCCGCGGUCACGGAGCAGGAGCUGCUGGCGCUGGACACGAUCCGCCCUGAGCACGUCCUGCGCCUCAACCGGGUCACCGAGAAUUAUUUAUGUAAACCUGAAGACAAUGUCUACAGUAUUGAUUUUACCCGCUUCAAAAUCCGAGACCUGGAGACGGGGACAGUGCUCUUCGAGAUUGCCAAACCUUGCAUCUCAGAUCAAGACCAGGAUGCAGAGGAGGAGAGUGUCGAUGUGGAUAUCAGCGUAGGGCGUUUUGUCCGCUAUCAGUUCACACCAGCCUUUCUCCGCCUCCGGACAGUCGGUGCCACGGUAGAGUUCACAGUGGGGGACAGACCUGUGUCAAACUUCCGGAUGAUUGAGCGGCACUACUUCCGGGAGCGUUUGCUGAAAAACUUUGACUUUGAUUUCGGCUUCUGCAUCCCCAGCAGUAGAAACACGUGUGAACACAUCUACGAGUUCCCGCAGCUCUCUGAGGAUGUCAUUCGUCUGAUGAUCGAAAACCCGUACGAGACCCGCUCGGAUAGCUUCUACUUUGUUGACAACAAGCUGAUAAUGCACAACAAGGCUGACUACGCCUAUAAUGGAGGCCAGUGACUGCCGCAGGAGCGGGCAGGGAAGGUCCUUUGCUGCCACCACGAGGCACAUGGGGGAAUUGCAGCUACUGCUUGUCAACACUCGUUGAACCUGGUCCGGGAAGCUGGGGUGGCGGUUUGCUCCAAGGAGGUGCCGGCCAGCAGUUUCUUUUCCCGGUAUUUUUUCCCCUGCCCCCUAGUUCUCAGAGGUAUUAUAGUAAAGAUUAGGGUAAGGUUCCUGGGAUCCAGAUAAAAACGUUUAUCUCUGUGUAGUCUUAGCUAUGCACUGGUUAUCCCGACAAGCCUGACUGUCCAGGCACAGCUGUGUCAGUGAGAAGGCUCAGGCUAGGCCACCCUCGGCUUAUCAGCCAUUCUGCAGCUUCCUGGGUGCUGGGGGCAGCUGAGAGCAGCUCGCUUCCUCCUUCACCACGGUGUUGCGUGGGCACAGUCUGUCCUCAGCCACUGCACAGUCUGAGGCCAACCGGUGGAGACUCGAAAAGACAGGGAGGGCGGAGGCAGACUGAAAGACAAGAUUUUGAGGGUGCUGCUUACUGCCUUGGGGACCCACAGCCAGUCCUAGAGAGACCGUGGGCUGAGCCUGGUGGUCUUUUCUGUUCUCACUCUGGAGGCCACAUGGUGCUCUGCUCCCCUGGCCUUGACUUUUUCUGCAGCAGACCUCGUCAGUUCUGUUCCUGGAACUAGUGUCUCUUGAGUUCAGCGUAGGGUGGAUGCUUUGGGCUCUUCAGUCUGACCACUGUGGGGAGUUCUUACACCGUGUCUGUUCCAGCACCUGUGAUUCGGGUCUAUCCCUGAUAGAGUUGACCUGGCUCAUGCCAGGAGAGGCGAAGUUGCAGCCUGGCCCCUGCAUAGAGAGAGAGCUGACUGUGUUUACAUGGCUAGCCUGGAAGAUGGGCCUAGGUCGGGAUUUGUGUCUGGAAUUCUGAGUCUCCUGCUUAGGAAUGUUUUCCUGUCUGUUUGCCUUUCCUGGAACCAUCUGGCAGAUGGUCCUGAGUGAUGCAUGUUCUCAUCGUUCCUUCAGGCUGCUGGAUGCUUGAGUGUUGGAAAGGGCAGUGCAGGCUGAGGUUCCCGCCAGAGCACUGUGGCCUCAGACAUCCUCCUGCGCUUGUUGUGGGCAUCAGGUGUCCCCGGAUCCUCACUGACUAACUCCCUCCUCUCUGGCUCCCCAGGUUGUCUGUGGACUGCUUGAGGACUCUGCUGUGGCUCAGGUCCAUUUAGCAUUGAUGAAGUGUCUGUAGUGGGCAGAUGUGCCUAUAGUGGGGCAGAUGUGCCUGUAGUGGGCAGAUGUGCAGACAUCACAUUGUCUGUAAUGAGAGCAGGGUCCCGAGUGCGCUCUGAGGAAAGGGCAUACUUUGGCCAGUGUUGCUCUGUGUUUGGUUUCUAGAGCACUAGGAGCCUUGGAUUUUGGUCCUGCGCUCUCUCUCUGGCCAGCAGCUGACAGUGCCGUAUGCUGGAGCCUUCGGAAUAAGAAAGCCCUAAUCACCUUUCAUGCUGCACGGAUUUACCCACUGAGACGGAGAGCCAGGUGCCCUCCGGGUGGGUACCUCCUGACCACUCUAGUGAAUCUCAGAACUGGAGUCCACUCCAGACCCAGGUGCCUUCAGUGUGCUCUGCCCAUAUGCUGCGGGGGAGCUGCUGCAUGCCCCUCUUCUCCUCCCCUGGGACAGAUAGGGGCUUCUCUACCUUUUCUCACGUGGCUCCUCUGCUGGGGUUUGCAUGUUCUUGACAAAGUUCUGAGUGCUUCUUGCUCUGUUUCCGUCUGCUGAGGAGAGAUUUGGUUUUCAGUAUUCAAAUAAAUACUACCUAGGAAAGAGAUUCCUGGGGCUGUGGGAUCUUUGCCCAGUGGAGCCCAACUUGGGCUGCUCCUGUAUUCUGCUCUGCUGUUUCUUGCCUGUAGGGCUUUUGCUUGGAAAGCACCAGAGGGUGGAGGAGCUGGACACACUGGCUUGAGAAGGGCUGGUCACAUUGAAGACCACUCAGACCCGAGCUCCGUCGUUGUUGGCAGGAUGGACUGGUCCUCCUUUGCUGCUGAAGGCCAGUGGUCCGUGUCUGGCUUCUUAGGGAGGCAUUUUGCUGUUUUCCACUGUUUGUACCUGACUUAUGGAAACUGGAAUUCAUACUUGGCAAGUAACAAGCAGAAGCCGAGUCAGACGUCAUGUGUUCAGGAAUAUCAUCCAUCCACAGUGGCUUCCUGUGAUGCAGUGAGAGAGAACCAUUGCUCCAGUGUGAGGAGGCCCUGCCCUGUGUCAAGAGCAGGAGUCUGAGCAGAUGGCCGCUCCCAGGAGAACCUCCCAGCAGCCAGGCGGCCAGAAGCCUUCCUGCUGUGAGCAGGGCUCUGCUUGAUCUCCAUCCCUGCGCUCUGCCUCUCUGAAGAUGUAGUUGAUCUGCUCUUCUUUAUUCUAAACCACAAGCAUAGGAGGAAGGUGCCAGUCCCUGGGGCUGAGAUCAGCUGCUGUCUCCGGUUAGCUCAGCGCUGUCUGCACGGACUCUCUGAAGCUUCUCCAGGCUUUGGAUAUUUCCCAUUCCAAGGACAGUGCUUUACACUACCUGGGACUGACCGUAGACUCAGAUUCUGACAGUGUCCACAUUCCGUGUCCAGAGUAUCAUAGCCACAGGGCGGGUUGGGGGAGAUAGGUUCCCCUCCACCUUGUUUCACAAAGGAUCAUGUAAUGUCAUUGAAAUUGUGAAAGUCUAUUUUCCCUGUAAAUCUAUUUUUCACAGAAUAUGAGAAACAUCUCUGUCCUUCCCACUUUACCCAAGAUCCUCAUUCCAGAACCAACCAGGUGACUUUAUUUGUAUAAGAUGUUAUUUUACCACAAGAGACAGUAAUAAAAAUUUUCACAGUA